AUGGCAUCUCGAUCCGUUCAUAUUGUGUUGAGUGUCGCAUGGCAAGAUGCUGGAGACACCACACGCGCAAUUGCCAUGGCCAUCGCAUUGCGAGACAUGUGCCCCCCUGAUGUCGACCUCAAGAUUGACUUUUUGUCGUGCGGUGCCCGGUUUGAGUAUCAGAUUACAGAUGCCGGCUUUAACAUUGUUGCUGCUCAGCCGCGCGUAAAAGGCAUUUCGGUAGCACACGACCUUGGCUGGGACUGGCCAGAGUUCUUCGGCUCGGAGGAGAUUGCCAAGUCCUUCAUUGAUGGUCAGCUUGCUGCUUUCAAAGAACUGAAGCCCGACAUUGUGUUCCAUGGCAUGUGGGCUCCAGCUUCCAUCGCUGCACGACUCCUCGGCAUCCGCACCAUCAACUUUCUACCAGUCCCUCUGCACCCUGGAGCAUUCUGUCAUGGUCUGAUCAGGGAUCUUCCUGAUAUGAUGCCGCUCUUCACUCGCCUUCCUCGACCAGUCCGACAACGUAUAGCAUGGUGGGGAAGUGGCUUGAUGACAAAGGCUCCCAUCUUCCAGCAAAAGCGCUUGGGCGCAGCAGCCGCCGCCGCUGGAUGGCCCAUCUCAGGGCCCAUUUCACUCUUUGACAUGAACAUGGCAGAUCUCAACCUAGUCAAUGAUCAUCCAAUCUUCCACCAAGAGUACCUCCACCGUAUACCCAAGAACAUUGUUCUUACGGGUCCACUGUACGCGCGAAACGACUCCAAGCUAGACGACGAUAUAGCAACUCAUCUAACAAAGGGACCUGGCCCAUCCAUUCUGGUUACCAUGGGCAGUUCCGGCACAGAGGAGUUCUUGUUCGAGGCAAUCAAGGCUCUUAACAUGAACCCUGAUGACAACUGGAAUGCGGUUGUCCUGGCUUCGAAAUCAAUCUGCGACAUUAACAAGGCAAACGAAGUCGCUAACGGGGAUCCACGCCUGUUGGUGACGGACCGAUUCAUCCCAGCAUCUGCUGCCAACGCACUUGCUGAUCUCAUCGUUACCCAUGGAGGACAGGGAACCGUCCAAUGUGCCUUGGCUGCCGGAAAGCCUCUUGUAGGAGUUGCGCUACAGGUCGAGCAGCAGACGAACCUGGACAACGCGAUGAAUGCCGGUGCUGGUAUCCGCGUACAGAAGCACAUGUGGAAAGCGAAGAACAUCCGCGCCACAAUACUAUCAGUCCUGAACAACCCGACUUACGGCAACAAAGCUAGGGCUCUGGCGGACACGUUGAACUCGAUGGACGGUGCGAAGACAGCUGCAGAAGUCAUGUGGAAGUUCAUCCUGGAAGAGCAUUCUGAGAAGGUGAAGUCAUAG